AUGGCGUCUCUUCUCCAGCCAGAUAGAGUCGUCUAUCUGGUUCGCGGGGAGAAAAAGAUUCGGGCUCCUCUAUCCCAGCUAUAUUUCUGUCGUUACUGUAGCGAGCUACGUUCAUUGGAAUGCGUGUCUCACGAGGUUGAUUCCCAUUAUUGCCCAAGCUGCCUAGAAAAUAUGCCUUCCGCAGAAGCUAAACUGAAAAAGAACAGGUGUGCCAACUGUUUUGACUGCCCAUGUUGCAUGCACACCUUGUCAACUCGGGCCACGAACAUCCCGGCUCCUUUGCCUGAUGAUCCCACCAAGACUGCUAUGAAAAAGGCAUACUAUCUAGCCUGUGGUUUCUGCCGCUGGACCUCCAGGGAUGUAGGAAUGGCUGACAAAUCAGUGGCUAGUGGUGGGUGGCAGGAGCCUGAGAACUGUCAUAAUCAGCGGAUCAACAAGCUGAUGGAGUAUUACCAACAGCUGGCUCACAGAGAGAAGCAGGAGCGAGACCGUAAGAAGCUGGCCAGGAGACGACAGUGCAUGCCUUUAGCUUUUUCGCAACAUACUAUUCACGUGGUGGAAAAGUACGGCCUUGGAACACGACUGCAGCGUCAGAGGUCUGGAGCGCCCAUUUCUACUCUGGCUGGUCUUUCCCUGAAAGAGGGAGAAGACCAGCGGGAGAUAACCAUCGAGCCUGCCCAGGCUGUUGAUGAGGUGGAGCCUCUGCCUGAAGAUUGCUACACAAGGCCCAUUUGCUUGCCAGAGGUGACCCGACUGCGCCAGCGACUCCUGCAGCCAGACUUCCAGCCCGCAGGAGCCUCGCAGCUGCACCCGCGGCACAAACACCUCCUGAUGAAGCGCUCACUGCGCUGCAGGAAAUGUGAGCACAACCUGAGCAAGCCUGAAUUCAAUCCAACUUCCAUCAAGUUUAAAAUUCACCUGGUGGCUGUGAGUUACAUCCCUGAAGUGCGAAUUAUGUCCAUUCCAAAUCUGCGCCACAUGAAGGAGAGCCAAGUGCUUCUGACCCUGACCAACCCAGUGGAGAAUGUCACCCAUGUGACACUGGUUUCCUGUGAUGAGGAGGACCCUGAUGACAUCAACAGCACUGCAGAGGUCAUCGUGCCCCGUAAAGAGCUGGUCCUGGCAGGGAAGGAUGCCGCUGCUGAGUAUGAUGAAUUGGCCGAACCCCAGGACUUCCAGGAUGACCCCGAUGUGGUCGCAUUCAGGAAAUCCAACAAGAUUGGUUUCUUCAUCAAAGUCAUCCCACGCAAAGAAGAAGACUGCGACGUCACCGUCACAUUCAAGAUGCGACAUGACUCGCGGGACCUCACAGCUUCCAUCAGACCGAGCGAGGAGGGCGCCGACACCACCGCUGAGCCUGUUUGGCUAACGCACCAUGUGGAGCUGAGGCUGGGACCGCUCAUCCCUUGA